GAAAGAAACGAAUUGACCGAAAAACAACGAUGUUGCUCUUCUAGCCGAAUCAAAUAGUGGUUAUGCUCAUUAAUUCAUCAGUUCAUUAAAAACACAUGAAGAGAAUAAAGUUCAGGGUUCAUGACCACCUGACACGCGCCCCGGUUGUUUACGGUUUUCUCGGUCCGCAGCAGUAGACGAAGCCAUCACCCCGUCCUCUCCUCCCAUUGGCCGUCCUCAUGUUGCCUCGUUGUGAUUGGUCCAAAGGCAGUGCAUUCCCUGGCCAUGUGGGCCGCAUGAACCCCCGAGGCCGUGUUAUUUUGGUCAACCUACAAUGGUCUCAAUAUCGUAAACUCAGUGGUUUGCACAGACACUUAAUUUAAACCGUAUUUAAACCAGCUAGUAUGUUAUAUUUAUUUACAUAUCAGACAUACACAUGAGUAGCAUAAAUAUUAGUUAAUGUAACUCCAAUUUACUGCAAUGUAUUGUUCUACUGCUAGACAAGCAGCUGUAGGUAUAUUACAGUCGUUACGGUAACAUAGCUGCUGCUCCUCAGCUGAAGUCUAUUACAGUCGUUACGGUGGCGCUGCUCCUCAGCUGAUGGGAGAUAUAAAAGCCACCAGUCCCGUGCGUUAUUUCAUGAAGGUGUUGGAUGGACUAUGGAUCGGCAAGACGUCCACCUAGAGACCUGUUCUCUCACACAGAACCCGCUGAGGAAGAUCUGGACUCCGUGUAAGAACGGAUUGCCUGAAGCGCCUAUAUUUCAGAGAAGGGUAUGCAUGACCAACUGCCCGACCCUCAUCGUGACCGUGGGACUCCCGGCGCGAGGGAAGACCUACAUCUCAAAGAAGUUGACCCGCUACCUCAACUGGAUCGGUGUUCCCACCAAAGAGUUCAACGUGGGCCAAUACAGGAGAGACUUCCUGAAGAUCUACAAAUCCUUUGAGUUCUUCCGCCCAGACAACGAGGAAGGGCUGAAGAUCCGGCGUCAGUGUGCGCUGUCAGCACUGAGCGAUGUCCAUCAGUACCUCACUGGAGGAGGGGGGCAGGUGGCUGUGUUCGACGCCACGAACACGACGCGCGAGCGGAGGGCAACCAUCGUCCGCUUCGCUGAGCAGAACGGCUUCAAAGUGUUCUUCGUGGAGUCGGUGUGUGAGGACCCAGAGGUCAUCGCAGCAAACAUCGUGCAGGUGAAGUUGGGGAGCCCCGAUUACAUCAACUGCAACACAGAAGAAGCAGUGGAGGACUUCAUGAAGAGGAUAGAGUGUUACAAGACGUCCUACCAGCCUCUGGACGAGGUUCUGGACAGGGACCUGUCCUACAUCAAGGUCAUGGACGUGGGUCUGCGUUUCCUUGUGAACCGGGUCCUGGACCACAUCCAGAGCCGGAUCGUCUACUACCUGAUGAACAUCCACAUCACGCCGCGAUCCAUCUACCUCUGUCGGCAUGGCGAGAGCGACCUCAACAUCCAGGGACGCAUCGGCGGUGACUCGGGCCUGUCCGACCGCGGCAGAGACUUUGGCCAGGGCUUGAGGAAGUUCAUUGAGGAGCAGCAGAUCAAGGAGCUGAAGGUGUGGACCAGCCAGAUGAAGAGGACCAUCCAGACCGCAGAGGUCCUGGGAGUUCCUUACGAACAGUGGAAGGCUCUCAACGAGAUAGAUGCCGGCGUCUGUGAGGAGAUGAUGUAUGAGGAGAUCCAGGACAGCUUUCCACUCGAAUUCGCAAUGAGGGAUCAGGACAAAUACCGCUACCGCUACCCCAAGGGGGAGUCCUAUGAGGACCUGGUCCAGCGGCUCGAGCCGGUCAUCAUGGAGCUGGAGAGGCAGGAGAACGUCCUGGUCGUCUGCCAUCAGGCCGUGAUGCGCUGCCUGCUGGCCUACUUCCUGGACAAGGGAGCAGAGGAGUUGCCGUACCUGAAGUGUCCUUUACACACGGUGUUGAAGCUAACGCCUGUAGCCUAUGGCUGUAAGGUGGAGUCGGUGUGUCUCCAGGUGGAGGCAGUGAACACACACAGGACCCGACCCGAGUAUCGUGUCGGAGAUACAUCUUCUGCCUUUGUUACUGGAUGGAUGAACCUUUCCAGUUAUCUAUGAACGUAAACGCUCAGCGCAGCACCGAGGAGGCUCUUCAAACGGUCCCGGACCACUUCUAACCCCCAUGAGGACCUCCUGACUCCAUAAGGACCUCUGGACUCCACGAGGACCUUCUGGACCGACGAAGACCUGACCUCCUGGCCCCAUGAGGACCUCUGGACCCACCCCUUAAACUACAGCACCCUCCUUAGUGAGGCCACACCUGGUGGAAGCCCUUAAACUACGACACCUUCCUUAGGGAGGCCACACCUGGUGGAAGCCCUUAAACUACACCUUCCUUAGGGAGGCCACACCUGGUGGAAGCCCUUAAACUACAGCACCUUCCUUAGGGAGGCCACACCUGGUGGAAGCCCUUAAACUACAGCACCUUCCUUAGAGGGCCACACCUGGUGGAAGCCCUUAAACUACAGCACCUUCCUUAGGGAGGCCACACCUGGUGGAAGCCCUUAAACUACGACAACUUCCACAACCCCCACACUAAACCAUCUGGGACCAAGUUGGAGGUCAUUGGAAGCCGUAGUCUUCAGGCUAUUUGCCCGACUGGACUCCAUGAACCUCCUGUGUCGCAUUAGGAAAACCUAUUUGGGUAAAACAUUCCAAAACGUCUAAAUUCGUCAUUUUGGAAAUAGCCUGUUCUGAAAUUGUAAAUAUAAUAUUUCAGUGAUAAAUCCAUGUGCCAAAGAAGUGAUGUUUUAGGUUGUCUAACGUGUGUAUUGUAUAUAUAUAUUUGGGAAUAUUAAAUGUGUGCGCCAUUCUUUUUUUAAA